AUGCACAAACCCACCAUCCUCUUCCUCACCAACAGCGAGCUGGGCCAGGCCUCUGUUGUGCUCGCUGUAGCCCACGAACUGGUCCAUCACAGCGAUGUGCUCGUUGCUUCGUUCCCAGCCCUCAAAACACACGCCGAUGCUCUCAGUGUCCCCUUCCAUGCUCUCCCUGGCCGGUCGAUGAAGGAGACGCUGGCCGACAGCGGUCUGCCCUAUCUUCCACAGCAUGCACCAGGGCGUCAAGGAGCCGUUGAAUCGUACCGCAAUGGUUUGCAGCGUGUGGUGGCCCCGUGGGAACCAGAAGGCUAUGCGCCCAUCUACCGGGCAUGUCUGGACCUGAUCAGCAAGCUCAGUCCAGCGUUGGUCGUGGUAGAACCACUCUUUGGGCCCGGCCAGGACGCCUGCAAUGUGCUGGAGCAGCGAUAUCUCGUCCUGAGCCCGGCGACCUUCAAGGACCAUCUCGUCCAGGCGCAGCCCUAUCUCGGGGUGUUGUGGAAAUACCCAGUUAUCUCCUCAGGCCUGCCCUAUCCCAUCCCCCUCCGCUUGAUCGCCCUCAACAUCUAUCUCAUCUUCAAGCUCGUCACAACCACCUUCCUCUCCCCCCGCGUCAAGGACCUCACCCAAUGGCGCAACAAAACCGGCAUCCCGGGCGAGUUGACCACAAUCUACGCCAAUUUCAGCGAAACAGUCCCCUGGAUAGUUCCCUCUAUCCCCCAGAGCGACUUCCCCAUGUACAUCCCUCCCAAUAUCACAGGCUGCGGGCCCAUCCUCCCGCCUUUUGAAGCUAUACCGGACGACCACCCAACAGCAGCAUGGCUAGCUCAACGCCCAACGAUCCUCUUGAAUCUAGGCUCACACAUGAAAUACACCGUGGAAGACGCACAGCAGGUCAUAGCCGCCCUGGACAUAGUACUAACGAAGUACCCAGACUUGCAAGUCUUGUGGAAAUGCCAACUAUCCACCAAUAAUACCACCACCAACACCAACACCAACAGCAGUGAAACCAAAAUAACCUCCCUAAUCCCAAAACACAUAUACAAUCGCAUCCUGAUCACCCCCUGGCUCACCCCAUCCCCGGCAUCCAUCCUCGCACACCAAAGCACAAUAGCAGCCGUACAUCACGGCGGCUCCAACUCCUUCCACGAGGCGCUGGCCGCAGGCGUCGCGCAGGUCGUGUGUCCCGUGUGGUUGGACACGUAUGACUUUGCGGCGCGCGUUGAGUUUCUGGGUGUGGGUGUGCGAGGGAAUGCGGUGGCUGCGCCGGGGGUUGAGGGUGGAGAGCUGGGGAGGGCGAUUUGUUUGGUGAUG